AAAGAAUUCACAGAAAAAGGUUAUCAAACUACUUUCUAUUUUCUCAAGUUGCUGAGUAUUGAGCCCAAGUCCAGGCCAGUGUUCUACCAUGAGCUACACUCCCGACUCCAUGGUAUUUACUAAUUUGAUUAACCUCCGCCAACUCCCAGAAGGCAGACCAUUAGGGUAAUCUAUUUCGUUUACACCACGGUUGGUGCUUAGCAGGGAGGUAUUAAAUACUUCAUAACUGAACGAAUUGAUUUCUGCAAGGACUGGCCGCCCGGAAGUCCAGGACGCAAAGGCCUGGGGCUCUUUGUAUUAUUGUUUCGCUGCAUCUCUCAUCCGCUUGCCGCUGUGCAGCGGCCAGACCUCAGUUUCCCCACCCGGGCCGCGCAGGCAGCAGGCCUGAGAAGUCUAGAGUUCUCGCGGGGACUGGAGCGCAGAGAGGGAAGCGAACGACGAGCCCGCCGGGCAGGCAACCGCCCGGCCCCGGCCUCCGGUAGCCGCCGCUCGGGGUCCGCGCACGCGCACGCGCACGCGCACGCGCCCUGCCCCUCCCCCGCCCUCCCCUCCCCGCGCGCAGCAGACCCGGCGCGCGCCGGCGCGGGAGGCGGGGGUUGGGGGCGGCGGACGCCGAGGGCGAGGGGCGGGCCCGGCCCGGCUCUGCCCGGCCGCCCGCGCGUGGCUCCCGGAGUCCCCGGGCCCGGCCCGGCGGCUGCUCUAGCUCGAGGAGCUCGGUGGCGCCCGUGAGCCGCGCCGCAGCCAUGGCUCUGGUGACCCUGCAGCGCUCGCCGACGCCCAGUGCCGCCUCCUCCUCGGCCAGCAACAGCGAGUUGGAGGCUGGCAGUGAUGAGGAUCGAAAGGUAAACCUCAGGUGAGCAGACUUCAUUUUGUUUUUAAAUCUUUCUUCCAAACAAGUAAGGGAUACUUUUAUUCCUUUCUCAAAGGGAAAACCCUCAGAAAGAAUACCUUUUUUUUUUUUUUUUUAGUGCUUUCAAAAUUAUACAUAAAGUGUGUGCAAGAAUAGUGCCUUAAAAGUUACAUGUUGAGGUAUGGCUGUCCACACUUAUAAUUCAAGGUACUUAGGAAGCAGGAGGGUCAUGAAUUUGAGGUUAGCCUGGGUAACACAGGGAGAUCUUGUAGAUCUUGUAGAUCAAAGUAGAAAGCAUUGAAUGUGUGGCACAGUUGUAGAGUGCUUGCCUAGCGUGGCCAAGGCCCUGGGUUCCAUUCCCAGCACCAAAGCAGAAAACAGAAAAGAAAAGGAAAAAAAUCUGUAAGACAUACUCCUCAAUUACUGUGUUUACUGGUGAACAGCAACAAUAUUUUUUGUUUUUCUUUAUCAAAAAUUAAGACUUUCCUUUUGUUUGAGUUUCUUGUUAGUUUCCAGAAGAUUGCGCAUUUCAUUAUGUAACAUAUUCCUUUGUGCCAAGGAGCCAAUCUUGAAAGUCUGACCUCAGAAUGGAAAAAAGUAAACAAACUUCAGGGAUAUUGUCAUUUAAAAACAAAUGUCUGUUUUAUCGCCUGAGGAGGAGGAACAUUAAUUGGAAGAGGAGUUAAGAAUUUGUAAACCGCAAGGACAUGAAAAUGAGCCUGUGGGCCAGGUGUGGUGGUGAAAGCCUGUAAUCCCAGGCAGGAGGAUCUGCUCCUAGUUCGUAGGCCAACCUGGCCUACAGAAGUAGUUCAAGGCCAGCCUGUACUGCAUAGCGAAACCCUGCCUCAAAAAGACCUAAAUAGAUAAAUAAAUAAUUUAAAUUUAAAGAGAGAAAAUGAAUAUAUGGCCCUGUCUCAUUCAUAAAAUUCUCCUUUUUCCAUCUGGUUUGGAGUCAGAGGGGACCUCACAAAAGAAAGAGAAGUAAUGUUACACAGCAGCUCUGUGUGUUGCAGUGUUUGUGCCUUAAAACAGCACUAGCGUCUUCCCCAUCUCCAGCUUAAGUGAGAGUUUUUUCAUGGUGAAAGGAGCAGCCCUCUUCUUACAGCAGGGAAACAGCCCUCAGGGCCAGCGGAGUCUUCAGCAUCCCCACAAACAUGCAGGCGACCUGCCCCAACAUCUGCAAGUAAUGAUCAACCUUCUGCGUUGUGAAGACAGAAUCAAGCUGGCCGUGCGCUUAGAGAGCGCCUGGGCGGAUCGCGUCCGCUACAUGGUGGUGGUGUACAGCAGCGGGCGCCAGGACACCGAAGAGAAUAUCUUGCUGGGAGUUGACUUCUCCAGUAAGGAAAGUAAGAGCUGCACCAUCGGGAUGGUUCUCCGACUAUGGAGUGACACGAAGAUCCACCUCGAUGGAGAUGGUGGGUUCAGUGUGAGCACAGCUGGAAGGAUGCACAUAUUUAAGCCCGUGUCUGUCCAGGCCAUGUGGUCUGCCCUGCAAGUGCUUCACAAGGCCUGCGAGGUGGCUCGAAGGCACAACUACUUCCCCGGUGGUGUGGCGCUCAUCUGGGCCUCCUAUUACGAAAGCUGCAUCGGCUCGGAGCAGAGCUGCAUCAAUGAGUGGAAUGCCAUGCCAGACCUGGAGUCCACGCGGCCCGACUCCCCUGCCCUGUUUGUUGACAAGCCAACCGAAGGAGAAAGGACUGAGCGUCUCAUCAAAGCCAAACUGCGAAGCAUCAUGAUGAGCCAGGAUCUCGAAAAUGUGACCUCCAAAGAAAUCCGUAAUGAACUAGAGAAACAGAUGAACUGUAACUUGAAGGAAUUCAAGGAAUUCAUAGACAACGAAAUGCUGCUUAUCUUGGGACAGAUGGACAAGCCCUCCCUUAUCUUCGAUCACCUUUAUCUUGACUUGGAGCAUGCCGCUCUGCCUUCCUCCUGGACCUCACCAGGGAGAAAGUACAACCUGGAAGCUGAGGGCGCCUGUGGGCUGCUGAAGGCAGGACCACUUUGCUUUAACCUGCCAGAAGGUUCUGAAUGGAAUGCAUCCAAUCUGGAGGAGCUGCAGGGCUCAGGGGUUGACUACAUUUUAAAUGUCACUAGAGAAAUAGAUAAUUUCUUUCCUGGCUUAUUUGCAUAUCACAACAUCAGAGUCUAUGAUGAAGAGACCACAGACCUUCUUGCCCACUGGAACGAAGCGUAUCAUUUUAUAAACAAAGCAAAGAGAAACCAUUCCAAGUGCCUGGUCCAUUGCAAGAUGGGUGUCAGCCGAUCAGCGUCCACGGUCAUAGCUUAUGCGAUGAAGGAAUUUGGCUGGCCCCUGGAAAAAGCGUAUAACUAUGUGAAGCAGAAGCGUAGCAUCACGCGACCCAAUGCGGGCUUUAUGAGGCAGCUGUCUGAGUAUGAAGGCAUCUUGGAUGCAAGCAAACAGCGGCACAAUAAACUCUGGCGCCAGCAGACCAAGAGCAGCCUCCAGCCACCUAUGGACGACCCUGCAGAGCCCAGCAACUUCUUACCAGAGACCCUGGACAGCACCCUAGCAGACAGCCGGCUGCCCUGCUUGGAUGAUGCCGCCCAGCCUGGCCUCCCAGGAAGCCCCACUCCAGGGGGGCCCGCACUCCCCUGCUGCCUCCGGAGACUGUCAGACCCCCUCCACUCUUCCUCCGACUAUGACACUGGCAGCCCAGUCCACCUGGAGGACCUCGAGAGGGAUGCUCUGUUGGAGGAUGUGACGCAGCCAGUGGAGGUGCUCAGGCCAGCCCGGCGAGCCCAGGAAGGUGCCGGACUCUGUGAGAAGGGUGUGAAGAAGAAACUGGAGUUGGGGGGCCCCAGAGCCCACAGUGGCUCCUCCCCACAGGCGGAGGAUAUGGAAAGGGAGGAGGGCCCGAGACCGGGCAGGUCGGCAUGGCCCCCCGCCCAGCCUGACAGAAGCCCACUCAACCGGGAGAACCUCAAUAACAACAACAGCAAGCGGAGCUGCCCAGAUGACUUUGAGCAUGAUGCCAUGUUUGGGAUCCUCACCAAAGUCAAGCCUUCCUACAAAUCCUGUGCCGAUUGCAUGUACCCUGCAGCCAGCAAGGCACCUGAGGCCUUUAGGGAGCAAACUGAGGACCCUGGUGCUCCUGCCAUCUGUUCCCAGCCUGCCUUCCUGCCCCACAUCACAUCUUCCUCUAUGGCCCAUGUGUCUAGCAGGUCCCGGCCUCUGGAGAAGGCAGCCUCUGACGCUGCCAACACUCUUCCAUUGCUACCACCAGCAGCUUCACGGAGACCAGAGAGUAGUGGCUGUGUGGGUGGGGCUGUCCUAGAGCUACCCCCUAGCAUCCCAGAGCCUUCUAGAGAGACCCCAAAAGUUCUGCCCAAAUCCUUCCUGUUGAAAAAUUCUCACUGUGACAAGAGCUAUGCCAGCAUGGAAGUGAAGGAAGAUUCAUUACCCAAGAAGCCAGCUAAGGACCUGAGGCUUCUGUUCAGUAACGAGUCCGAGAAACCAACGACCAACAGCUACCUGAUGCAGCACCAGGAGUCCAUCAUUCAGCUGCAGAAGGCAGGCCUGGUCCGCAAGCACACCAAAGAGCUGGAGAAGCUGAAGCGCCCGCCUGCAGACACAGCGUCUGUCUCCAGGGAAGGUGUCGCCAGCAGGCUGGAGGACAGCAUCCCCGAGGAGAGCCAGGAGCUGGCCGCGCUCCAGGAACCACAGCCCCCAACCCUGCCUGGCCAGGCAGGGGGUGACGAGAAAUCAGAGACUGUACCCCUGCCGUUGGAAGGAGCCUUGCUGAAGAGCCCCCCGCCCUUCCUCUCCCGCCUGGACCACACCAGUAGCUUCUCCAGAGACUUCCUAAAGACUAUCUGCUACACCCCCACGUCCUCCUCCAUGAGCUCCAACCUGACCCGGAGCUCCAGCAGCGACAGCAUCCACAGCGUCCGGGGAAAGCCAGGGCUGGUGAAGCAGCGGACCCAGGAGAUUGAGACCCGGCUCCGGUUGGCAGGCCUCACUGUGUCGUCCCCCCUCAAGCGCUCCCACUCUCUGGCCAAGCUGGGAAGCCUCACCUUCUCCACAGAAGACCUAUCCAGUGAGGCCGACACAUCCACUACCGCCGACUCCCAGGACGCCAAGUGCAGCAAAUCCUCCUUCUUGCACGAACCCCAGGCCACCCUAAGGAACCCAGCUGAAACCUCCAAAUCAUCAGGGAAAUCUGUCCCAGAAAACUUGAAAAGCCCCCUGGGGCUGAGCAAGAGCUGACACCCCCCACUUUGCUCCACUGGACUUGCAUUUUCAUAUGGCCCCUCCCUUAGUUUCAUUGUGGGUUCUGAUCCAUACCUUAACAACUUGAUUUGUCUUAAACCAAAGUCAUCCAGGCUUCCCUCCCUCUUGCCAUAGGAGGAGGAGAAACAAAAACAAUUUACAGCACAAGAAGAAAAGGAGAGGUACCUGGGAGACCCAGGAACGAUCAGCCAGCAGACACACUCUACUGUUAAUGAGAAGCAUGUAUUAAAGAACACAUGCAGAUAGGCACACACAUCCACAAUGUUCCACUUGCAGCAAGCAGAAGAGUCGUGGUGGUGCCAUCAUCGCCACGGCCAACGUUUCCCUCUGGCCCUCUUGGAAGAACUCUGGGAUGGCAACAUGAGUCCUACCUCUGCUCUGGCUAUGCUCUUUCAUUCUUAAAAUACAGUAAUGACCAAGGCUCAUUCCAAGGAAUAAUGCUGUAUCUGAAAGAGUUUUUCCAAACAGGUUUUCUUGUUUUGUCAGAACCUCAAAUGUGUUGAGACGUUCCGCUGGACUGCACCAGGCAGGUCACUGCUAGGUAAAGUCAGCAGAGAGGUGCAGCCAGCCCGGCUGUUGAACUUGUGCUGUGCUGAGAGGCAGUCGCCUUUUCGGUUAGUCUUCUAUCAUAGUUCUCUUGUGGUGGCUGGGUGAUGACCAUGAGGCCAGCACCCGGGUCAGAUGGGGGAAUUGGGUGUGAUGUUCUCGGCCGUUGCUGGUGGGGAAGCGUACAGCAGGCCUGGUGGGGCACGCCAGAGCAUCGUAGAGCCGAAUCUGCUGUGAACCAGAUGAGUUGUGUCUUAAGUUCGGGGAACGCUGGUGCGGUAGCUCUGGGAUUGAACUGUCCUGCCAGAAGCCCUGAUCUUCAGGCUUAGUAGGUCCGUCUACUGUUUGGAAAGCAAAAGGGAUGUCAGGGCAAGAUUCUCAUGGGCCCUACUCCAGGAGCCACCUGGGCAGCUUCUCUGAGCACAGUGAGACUGAUGAAAGCGUCACAAGUGUUUACAGGUGUCCCUCCCUGCGCAGAAAGUGCUGCCUCCUCUUUCUGCAGCUCCACCUAGCAGCAGUAACGGAGUAGAGGAUGCUGUUGCCCAAGCCUCAGCUUUAGGUAGCACCUUCAAGAACCAGGUAAGCGCAGGGUGGCUUGCAGGUGGGGCUUAAAUCCCGGGCUCACCUGAUGUCUGCUAGGAGGGUAGACUACUAAAAUAUUUUGAAGGAAGAGAAGCAGCUCUGGAGAAAGGGAGAAGCACUUGAUUCAGGGCUCUGCAAACUGUGAAACACAGCCCCUGUGGUCUAAGAAUGGUUUUUACAUCUUUAAAGGGUUAUAAAAAAUAAAAUAAUAUGCAAGAGAGUCCGUACAGCACCUUAGAUAUUUACAGACAGUCCUUUAUAGGCCUUUGCCGCCUGUGGACCUGCAGAAAGAAGGCAAAUUCAAAAGCCUGCUGUGUCUCAUGGACACCUCAGGGCAGACCUUGCCCUCCUCCCAACUCCGGGCCUUGCCAGCUCCCCCUACCCCACGCCGUACCUCUCUUGUGCAUGUAUGUGGGGAACACAGAAGCACCUUGCCCUCUGCUGAAUCAGUCCAGUAAGCUCAGUGAAACCAGAAAGCAUUCAAGCGCCAGCCACAUUUGGAAAGCAGAUGCAUGAGUUGCCAUCUUCCAUGGGCAAGAACUGGGCCCCCACAGCUGCUGCUCUAGAGAGCACCCAGGCAGGGUCUCCAGCAAGAAGACUGUUUCCUGUUUGAACUAGUGUAGAGGGUUUUGGCAAACACCGUCUCUAAGAGCUUUUGCUCCUGGCAUGAUUUUUUAAAAAUAUAUGCCACUAUUUCAUAGGAAUUUGUUUUCCCACUAGUGUCAAUUGAAAUCACCUUACAAGGGGAUUAUCCACUUAUUCCUGAAGCCCUAUGGGGUUCCCCCUUCUUCCUCAGCCAACAAAAGCAUAUUUUCAAAAAACUAUCAAGUUCAGUUAUGUUUUGCCAAAUUAAAUUUCAUGCAGAUCAAUUUUUGGUCAAAAUAAUCCUUUAAAUUCGAUGAUGAUAGACUUCUGUUGAUCUUUUAAACAUCUGUGUAGCAGAGUGUUACAGUUUUGAAAACUUUAAUUUUGAAAGCUAUAAUUUUUCUUGUCCAGUAAGGAGUAGGGGCGAGGAAGAUUGUAAAUAUAAGUGGGUCCUUGGCAAACUUACUGGUUCUUUUUUAGAAGCAUAGCUGGUAUAUCAUCUAACAUCCAGGCAGACCAGGGCCCUGGUCCCCAUCAGCAGAGCUGGUGAAACAUUCUGGGUUUUUUGAUGGUUCUGAAGAUUGUUCUGAGAGACUUGGACCCAUUGCCUGUGAACAUGACGGUUUUAAAGCAUUAGGUUACCCAGGCGAAAGCAUUCUGAUAACCUAGGGGCGCUUUGGCACAAAGUCAUGCUGGUAAUCAGAAGGGAAAAAAGUUUGUUUCUUAAGACAUGUCAUAGCUUGGCUGGUGCUUUUUGUAUGUAACUUUAGGUGACAAGGAAAAUUUCAAAUGUAAGUGGCGCAGAGAAUUCAUAGAUAGUGCUGUACAAGUCAUUAAUUUGGUGACUGUCGCCCUCACUGAUGCCUUUGUUUAUGUAAGGGGAAAGGAAUAUUUGCUAAUCUGCCCAACACUGUACUGGGCUGCUUUUCAUCCCCCUGCCUACCGUGACUGAUCCAGCAUCCAGAAGUGAGCCUGAACUUUGCCACAGUCUUGUCUCGCAUUGAUACAGAGGUGAUCUUGUUAAGCAGAAGGGGGAAACUGAUCACAGAAGAAAGACCAGGCUGCCCUCUCACCAUAAUCUUGAAAGUGCCAAUUUCCAUUUCUUUCUCUUGAGUUGUCUCAGAGAUCUCCAGAAAUGUCCCUUGUUGCACCUAACUUUCCAUGAGCACAGUUUCUUCCUCUGUGCAUUCCCUGCCUUGCUCCCUGUGCAUGGUCCCCCGCCUGGGGAGCAGGUGUCUGCGGGGUAGCAGGCCUUCUCCACUGCACCCUGUUGCUCACUCGUGUGUUACCCACCAGGUACACAGAGGCUGCAGUGUCCAGACUCCGUUCUUUUCCACCUACCCUACCCCACUCUCUCCAGCUCAAAAGCAUUCCAGUCAUGUCUGAAGCCCUCCCACCAUAUCCUAGCCCAGAGGAUACCGCAGAGUGGGGCUGAGCACGAACAGAACAGACCUUCAGGGCACUCCCAUGCAGUACUUCUGCAUCCUGUCUCAGGGCCAAAGGCUCUGGACUUCCCAGGGCUAUUUUUGUUCCCCUGCAGAAACAAAUGCUGCAGCAUUUAGUGAAGGUAUUAGGUAACUUAGCCCAAAGUACUGAAGGGAAAGGAAUUGCUGUUAGCUGGGAACUCUUGGUGCCGAGUUCAUUUACUCAGCCCAACUAGUUAGCUGGCCACCCAGCAACCAACCACAUACACACCCGAGGGCAACCGUUUCACCUUUGGCAAGAAAGCUGUGUAGAUCAGAAACUUGGUGUCAUCUGGACAGCACAAACCCGGUUCACUUGUCCUGGUUCCACCCUCCAAGUUCCUGCUAACGUUAAAGGCAAAAGGAAGGUCCCUGAUUUACUCCUGUGCGUAGCCACUUGCUUUGUUACUGUCUGCUCUGCAGUUGACUGAGUCUGCUCUGCAUGCAUAUAUUAUAUAUGCAUAUAUAUGUUUUAGUAUAUGCAUUAUAUAUAUAUUGAGUAUAACUUGAAUCAAAUUAUCAUGUGACCAUUUCUCUCAUCCACAUACCUGCUGUGUCCCCCAAGCUACAAAGGGAUCCCCUAGACCCAUCUGGAAGGGCGCUGCCCAGUGCAGGCCCCAAGUCCAUCUGAAGACAUGGGUGUCUCGCUCCUAUCUGGCAGUUGGGCUGCCACUCGGCCUUCAGCCCUGCUGUGAACUAACCAGACCGCCCAGCCUUUGCUUCCCUGACCCAGGCGUUUGCUGUAUGAGAAGAGAGCUGCUCCCCCUUCUUUCCUACACUGUAAUUAUUGUUUUACAAUUGAGUGCCUUAAUAAUGGUUUACAAAUACUGUGUAUUUAUGCAAACUGUAAAACUCAUCUUCAGUGAUUGGGGACUUCGUGUUGUCCACAGAAGGUGGUCGUAGGGCUUGAGUUCGUCCUUCUCCAGACUUGGGUUGGUUUUGCUAUGCAGUUUGGCCUUGUAUGUCCACAGCUACUCCAAGGAGCCUCUGGACACAGCACUGGUUGUUCCUGCAGGCCAGGCCGCCAUCGCCUGACACUGCAUCCUUUGGUGGCCAGUGGAAAAACGCAGUUUCAUUUGCCACCCAGCUGGGAAGUGGUGCAGGCCCAGCGGCCCUGUGAACUCCAGCCCCUCCCCUCACCCAUCGCCCAUCACUCCAUUUGUGCUCUUGUUUAAUAGAGGUCAGGUACCACCCACGCUACCCUAUUUUUCCUCUCUGUUAGUGUCCUGAGCUGUUUUGCAACAAAAUAUAGGUACAGAUCACUUCUCCUGCCCCAUCUAGGCGCUCCAUCAGACAAGUUGCUCUUUGGUUUUUCAGAAGCUACAGGUGGGUUCCCAUGUGUUGCGUUACAGUGUCAAUGAUUUUUUUAAAUUGUUGUCUUCUUGUUUUUUAUAUUAUAUAUUUAAAAGGCAGUAUCUUUUGUACUGUGAAUUUGCAGUAGAAGAUGCAUAAUGCACUUUUUUUUUUUACUUCUGUUGGUCUGUAUUGUAUAUAAUCUGUGCUUCUUGUGAUGAAAAUAAACUUUUUCUUUAUAAA